AUGCGUUGUUCCAUUUUCCGGCCUGUGACUUGUUCGAUUGCCACCUGGUUGCUCGUUGCCACUGUUGCAGGUGCCGGCGUCGUCCGCGCCGCCGCGGCAGAGGUGGUCGAUGCCGGAUUGCUCGACGCCAUCCGGGCGGUCGACGCGGGCGGCGUGCGGGCGGCGCUCGACCGCGGCGCCGAUGCGACCGCGGCGGAGCCCGACGGCACCACGCCGCUCCACUGGGCGGUGCACGCCGACGACGCGGGCAUCGUCGAGCUGCUGCUGGCGGCGGGCGCGGACGCCGCCUCGACGAACCGGUACGGGGUGGCGCCCAUCGCCCUCGCCUGCGUGAACGGCAACGCCGCCGUCGUCCGGCUGCUCCUGGACGCCGGGGUCGAUCCGAACACGACGCUGGCCGAGGGAGAGACGGCGUUGAUGACGGCGGCGCGAACCGGGGCGCAGGACGUGGUGGAGCUGCUGCUGGACUACGGCGCCGAUGUGAACGCGGCCGAGGCGUGGCGCGGGCAGACGGCGCUGAUGUGGGCGGCCGCCGAGGGGCAUGCUCACCUCGUUCCGACCAUGCUGUCGCACGGCGCCGACGUCAGCGCCCGGUCAGCCCAGGGUUGGACCCCGCUGCUGUUCGCGGUGCGCGAAGGCGAGAUCGGCGUCGUGCAGACGUUGCUCGAGGCCGGGGUCGGCGCCGGAGAGUCUCUGCCGGUGGCGCAGGGGCGUCGCCGCGGCGGCACCAGCGCCGAGCGCGAGGCGACCGGUCUCGACGCCUUCCUGCUCGCCGCCGCCAACGCCCACUACGAGCUCGGCGCCCUGCUCGUCGACCGGGGCGCCGACGUCAACGUGGCCUCGCGGGGCUGGACGGCGCUGCACCAGGUGUCGUGGGUGCGCAAGGCGGGCAUCGCCGGCAGCAACAACCCGUCGCCGAAGGGCUCCGGCGCCAUGACGAGCCUGGAGUUCGUGAAGAAGAUCGCCGCCGCCGGCGCCGACCUGAACGCCCGGGUCACGAUUCGGCCCCCGGCCGGCAUCACCCGACUGAACUUCAUCGGCGGUACGCCGUUUCUCCUCGCCGCCCGCACCGGUGACGCGCCCCUGAUGCGCCUGCUCGCCGAGCUCGGCGCCGACCCGCUGCUGCCCAACGAGGACGGCACGACGCCGAUCAUGGUGGCGGCGGGUGUCGGCACGUCGUCGCCGGGUGAGGAUCCCGGCACACCGCCCGAGGUGUUGGAGGCGGUGCAGGUGGCUCUGGAGCUGGGCGGCGACCUGAACGAAGUCGACGCCAAGGGCGAGACCGUCAUGCACGGGGCCGCCUACAAGCACGUGCCGGCGGUCGUGGCGUUCCUGGCGGAGGCGGGCGUCGAUCCCGCGGUCUGGAACCAGCCGAACUCCCGCGAGUGGACGCCGCUCGACAUCGUCGAGAACGUGCCCCUCGGCCGGGGCAUCCAGGACAACCCGGCCACCGCGGCGGCCAUUCGCGCGGUGAUGGAACGCGCCGGGGUGGCGCCGGCGGCCUCCGCGCCGUGA